AUGGGCGACUUCAAUCCGGUCGAUUCUGCCAAACACAGCCAACACAACAAUGCCGAUGACUCGGAGAGGUGUGAGGAAGAACCUAUCCUCUCUCAGCAUUCGAUGUGCUCCUUCCACACCUACAAAUGGGACGAGUUUAAGGAGCACUGGCAAUGUGAAGUGGAAAAGCGGGCCAGAAAGGAAGCAGAAGGCAGCUUUCCAGGCACGUCCAAGAGGCGCUCAGAAUGCAGUGCACGAAAAGUGGAGCAAUCUGAGCAGUUAAAACGAUUUCGAUGCUCAUUUUGUGGCUACCGGUCUAAUUGGAAGUCAGAUACCGGCAAGCAUAUUAGGGUUGCCCACCCCCAACUCUCGAAUGUCAUCAUCCAAACCUUGAGUCCCAAGACAGCGAGAGCAUCGCUAUCAGAGUACUCCAGUGUGCUGAGAGUUCAGAAGCAGAACGGACGUAGAGAGGGCUACAUUCGGCCCUACAUAUGCUCCGUCUGCGGAUACAGAAGCAACUGGACUACCGAUGUGAAGAAGCAUAUCCAAAAUAUACACUCUGGCAAGGGAGUGGUCAAGAAGUUAAACACCGAAGAGGCGAGUAGCACCAUCGAUGAGUACUUGUUACGAAGAGGACGGAAUCGGAGUGUUUGCCACACCACUGGACAUUUAAGUGGCACAAAGAAUGAAGAGGUGGUCGAGUCUGAAAGAGCACAGCAAACACCCAUGGUGGAGCCUCUCUUGACCGAUGGCGUGGUGUCACAGUGGCAGUCGCCCUCUUCACUGUCACUGCCAUUGUCUCAGCCAUCCCCACUACCACCGCUAAACCAGGUGGGAACGUCAAAUCACCGGAGAAAGGGUCGAGCACCGCGACGCUUGACGGUGGUGGCGUUGGGUCCAGAGAGUGACCGUGUAUCCUCCCCUAGACGAAAUGGGGAAGAGGCAGCUGACAGUGAAAGACAUGGCUGA